AUGUGGCGGAGAGUGUUCGGUCACUCACACAUUGGUGGCUCCUUGGGUAUGUCCCAAUACACCUAUCGCCCUCUGGCUAAGGGCUCCACCAAGAUCCGCCUGCUCCGUCUAUUACCGCACGAAGAUGAGGCUGCCCGCGUGGAAUGCGAACUCAUCGAAUACACUCUGACAGAUUCCAUGGGACAGCACCCGUAUGAAGCCCUAUCUUAUGUAUGGGGCAGAGGCGACGAGCCACAGUCUAUUUUGAUAGGCGGUAGAGCCUUUCACGUCACUCGGAAUCUCCAUGCAGUGCUAUUGCGUCUAAGAAACCACAGUGUGGCACGGCUGCUAUGGAUUGAUGCCAUCUGUAUCAAUCAAAAGGAUGACCAGGAGAAAUCCCACCAGAUCCAGUUGAUGCGAACAAUCUAUGGUGAAGCUUGGCGAGUCAUAGUUUGGCUUGGAGAGGAGGCGGAUCAAAGCAGUGAGGCACUCGAAGCCAUACGCAAAGCUGCGGAAGAUACUUCUGUAGAUCUUUUGCCUCAAUCCUACUCCCGUGACAGGCCAGAUAGAGAAAAGUCUCUUCCUUCCUCUCUGGCACUGGUGCAACGCCCAUGGUUCCAACGAAUUUGGGUACUCCAGGAGGUGGCUCUGGCCCGGGAUAUUAUAGUUAUGUGUGGUCCUGUGGAGAUGAACGGUUACGCAUUUGUCUCGGGCUUGCAGAGCUUAGAGGUUCUUCGCACAGCUCACCCGAAGCUACAAGGCUUGGUGCAGUCGGCGUAUCACCUUAUUAAGGAUGCAGUCUUUCGCCCUAGUUAUCGAUUCAACACCCGUGGCACACAGUCCAUAGGUGAGCUGAUUGACAUGUACCAUACGCGUCGUGCCUCCUGUCUACAUGAUAAAGUAUACGCAUUGCUCGGCAUGUGUUCCGAUGAUCCCAACAUCAAGGCUCUGAGGCCAGAUUACGAGCUCCCAUGGAAUAUGGUCUUUGAGCGCGUAAUCAAGCACAUCAUUUCGCCAGAUAUUUCCGUCCAGACGUGGCCUGAUCGAGAGGCAGCAGUUAUUAGAGGCAAGGGCUAUAUGCUAGGGCUAAUAAAAUCGGUUGCAACACUUGGCUCACGAUAUGACAGACAGGAGGUUAAAGUUCUAUUCCGCGAUACAGUAGAGGCACUGUAUCAAUACAUGAUUUCAGGUGUACAGUGGCUUCUCCAAACCCCGGCGGAGCCGAUUCGCCCGGGUGACAUUGUCUGCCUGCUCCAGGGAGCGUCGACUCCAACUAUCGUCAGGAUUUCGAGGAGUGGACUAAAAAUCAUUAUGAGCAGCGUGGUUCCACGGCAUAGAGCUAUACAUGAUACGAGGGGAUUGGUUUCACAAGGGCCUCCUUCGGAAGCGAGUGUUCUUCACGACCUCGUCCUUCAAUGGGAUUGGGCCCCUACAUUGGAUGGCCUGCAAGAAAAGAAUCGAGCAACAAUAUCCGGGGAACCACACAAAUCAAAGCUCUCGGUUGUGAGAUCUCACCAUGAGGAUAGUUUACACAAUCCCACUGUGUUGCAUGAUAUUCUUACGAUAGCGGUUCCGUCCAAAUAUAAUGUGCUGACUUCAGAUGUAUGCGGCAUUGGCGGAGCACCAGAUGGCGCUUCAGCCAUGAAAGCUCUUUUGGAUCAAGCAGGUGAUAUUCUACCCAUCACGGAAGACAUAGUUAGGCGAGCAGCAGACCAUCAAGACCUAAGUGCUGAUCUGUUAAAGAUCCUUUUUGAGCAUAGGGGGAACACUCUCCCAAUUACAGAACAAGUUGUUAAGGCUGUGGCAGCGAAUCCUGAUGCGCAUUCUGUGAUGAAGCUUCUUUUCAAGCAAAGGGGAGAUAGUCUUCCCAUCACAGAGGAGGUUAUUAGGGUGGCAGCAGGUAACACUGGAUAUGGGGGUAUAUUGGAGACUCUGUUCAAGGAGAGAGGGGAUACUCUAGUGGUCACCGAAAACAUCGUUACAGCUGCAGCUGGUAAUCAGUUAGAGGGAGCAUCAAUUAUACAGUAUCUAUUUGAGCGGAAGGGGGAGAGUCUACCAAUCACGGAGGCAGUUCUCAUAGCAGCAGCCACGAAUCCUGGUCCAGAUGCACCAAGUUCUAUAUUGGAUAUUAUAUUGGAAAAUAGAGGGAAAAGGCUGCCUCUUACAGAAGGUGUUAUCAAGGCCGUGGCUGCGAAUUCCUCUCGGAUAAGAGCCUCAAUACUCCUGCAACUCCUGAGGCAAAAGAGGGAUGACGAGCAAGAGCGAGCUCUUGACUUGUCCACCAUGCAGCAUAUCACAAGCACAAGUGGGUAUGCACGCAACGUCCUCCGCGCAGCCAUGAAGCAAGAUGUCGACGACUGUGAAAGCGAGUAA